AAUAAUAAUAAUAUUAAAAAUUGCUGAAAGUUUUUCAAUUUAAAAAAAUAUAUAUAAAAUGUUAUAUCUAGAGUCCCUUCUGAAUGCCAAGCAAGACAUAUUAAAUAAUAAUAAUAAUAUUAAUAAAAUCCAAACUGCAUUUGUGGUAGAAAAACUGCAGAAAGUUAAAGAAAAACAAUCUUAAAAUUAACCAAAGUUACUGCUGAAAAGAAUUUGCUCAAACAUUUUUCCAGAGACUCCACUCACAGUAAAACAACUCUGAAAAGCAUGAAUAAAGUUUGAGGAUUCACACUGUCAGACUUCAAGGCUUAUUAUAAAGUUAUAAUAAUUAAACAGUGUGUUUUUUACAAAAGGGUAGACAGAAGAUAGAUAGAUAGAUAGAUAGAUAGAUAGAUAGAUAGAUAGAUAGAUAGAUAGAUAGAAAGAAAGAAUAGAAGAGACAGUGAAGAAAUAGACCCACACAAAUAUAGUCCACUGAUUUUUGAUAAGAGUUGCAAGUCAAAACAUAAAAUAAAAAUCCAUGAGUGCACAGGGAUACAAAUAAAUGUUUGAUGAAGUAAAUAAGUGGGAGAGGAGGAACGAUUCUUUCCUAAAGAAGAAUUCUAAUUAAUAAAGGUGAAAGGAAAGAGGAAAACAAAAAAGUAUAACGCCACAGUAAUGUUAAUUGCUGCAGGCAGCAUGCCCUCAUGAAUACUCAAAUCAGUGGAUCAGAGUUUUAGGAAAAAGAAGAUAUUUGCAUAGCUUCAAAGUAUCUCCUACAGAAUAUUUCUGUGUUGGUUUUUAAAAUAAUGUCCACAAAUUCUUCAAGAGUUCUCCUCUGGGAGGUGAAGUCUGAUUCAUUUCCCCUUGAGUGUGGGCCAGACUCAGUGACCUACUUCUAAUUGAUAGAGCAUAAAAGGAAAAAAAGAGUAACUUUAUCGUAGAGAGACUAGUCAGAUACCACCUUAACUAAGUGAUCACGUUAACAUCACCAGUAAAAGUCACUGACAUCAUGGGUCCCUGCAGUCAGAGGGGCACAUCAUCUCUGUGGUAUUCUUCCCCAAAAUCCAUUAACCCAGUAUAAUUAUGAGAAAACAAAGACAAACCCAAAUCAAAGAAUACACUGCAAAAUACCUGACCAGGACUCUUCAAAACUGUCAACGUCAUAGAAGAAAAGGAAAGAGCAAGAAUUUGUUUUGAAUUGGAAGAGACGAAAGAAACAACAAUGAAUUACCAUGUGGUAUUCUGGACUGGGUCUCGAAACAGAAAAAAAGGACGUUAGUGGAAAAACUGGAAAAGUCCAAAUGAAGCCAAAAAUUGAGCUGAUCGUAUUGUAACAAUACCAAUUUCCUACGUUUGAUCAUUGUACCAUGAUUAUGUAAGAUGUAAGCAUUAGUGGAAGCUGGGUGGAGGAUAUAUGGGAAUUGUCUGUACUAUCUUCACAACUCAUCUCUAUGUCAAAAGUUACUUCACAAUAAUAAGUUAAAAAUAUAGCCAAAUAAACUAGACUUUUAAAAACUAUUCCCUAUGUCCUUAAUGGAUCAGAGUUUUCUUCAUAAGCUUUCCUUAAUUAUUAGAAAUAGGAGUUGAAUACAUCCAAGAUGUAUUUAGGAAACUGAAGGCGCCAUUUAGGAACUAGUCCAACAGUGUUACUUUAAGAAGAUCAUCUUUUCACCCAGAAAGGUUAUUUCAUCUCCCCUCAGAUUGCCCCUGGAAAUUUCCAUGAACAAAACUCUUUCCAUUGCAGGAAGCACCUCUUUCAUAAGCUAUGGCAAGCAGAGCGUCUUCUGAAACGCCUUUGGUGAUGUCUGUGGCGCCAGCUGCUGCCCACAGCCUCUGCAGCACCCUACACUGUGAAGCCAGACCCUGUCUGAGCUCUUUCUCAUCCUGCUGCUCUGUCUCUGCUUCCCCUUCAUCUGUCCUCUCUGUCACCGACCAGUGUUUCUUACACAGAUGUUCUUCACAGUCUGCUGUGUUCUCCCUCAGCCUUGCUGUUUAUGCUCUGACACUCGAUUUAGGCAUAGGACCUGCAGAUUUUCAAAUCUGAGGAGAUGUGAAACUGCCAUUCCCCCUCAUGUCCCUCAUAAAGAGCUUCUCUGAGCUGAAGGUCUUCGCUAAGGCCAUACAUCAACCCAGCAAGUAUCUAUGUACUGCCUCCUGGGUAUCCGGCAUGGGCUAGGAGCUCGGAGUGGGAUACAUGGAUAAGCAAAUCAAAUGAGGAAAGACAAAACAGCCUCUGAAGGGACCCUGUCCUGUUUCUCCUCCCACUCUUGAAAGCCUGGAUCAGCAAAAGUAGGGGAAAGCCAGUGGCAAGAAAAAUCCUCCUUAAAACCAAACUGGAGGUCCUGAGAUACUCCAGGCCUACUCGUGCAAAUGAGCAGAAACAAGCAGGGAGGAGCAGUUGUCUGUUACACUGUAUUCAAGGGAAAUAUUUGUUCAGGAAUAGAGAUUUUCAAAUGAGAUGGUAAAAUUCAUAACAACUCAUCUAAAAUCAUAAAUCAAGCCAGAAAACAUUUAUGAGUUCUUGCCUUGUUUUUAAAAGCUUUAAGUAAAAACCAAAUGUUAUAAAGAUUUUCUGAGACUUCUCACCCACCAACCUUCUUUAUGAAAAUUACUUCAUCAUUAUUUUAAAGUCAUAUACAUUCAUAAAAAUUAAUUUACUCUGAAAUGAAAAGUUCAUUUUAUCAUUAUGUGUCCUAUGCUUACAUUUUAAAUUCAGGAAAAACUUCCUUAAGAUAAAAGUGAUUCUUUUUUCCUUUCUUUUGGUUUUAAUAUUCCAAAAUUGGAUGAAUUAGGGCAUUGCUUUUACUCUCAGCACCCUACGCUUACCUUACUAAGAACUAGGGAGUUUUACCUUCAACUCUUAUUUUCCUAGUUUUGCUUAAAAUGAAAGGUGAAUGUGUGUAUGUGUCUGUGUGUGUAUGAUCUUUUAUGUAUAAUUAAAUUUAUUACCUCUCAAGUAAUUUACUUUGAAAAUUAUCUCUUGAAAAUCAGUGUCUUCUUGCUUUAUUGAUUUUUCUUUAGAGGGGUAGGGACAUAAAAGGCUACCAGGAAAAAAAUGUCACAGUGGAAUCAACCCUGCAUUUAGUCUUGGGCACACAAAAGAAUCCACAGGUCUAGACAGCAUAACGUGGUGGAUAAGAGAAGGAACUCUGGGACCAGGUGAGUUGGGUGUGAAUCCCAGUUCUUUCACACUCUAGUUGUGUGAUGUUGACCACGUUAUUUAACCUCUGUAUGUCUUAGUUUCUUCAUCUGCAAAAUGGAGGUAGUAGAAGCACAUGCUCAUAAGGUUAUUGUGAGGUUUAAAUGUAGUCAUUAUAAAUAAAUAAUUUGAACACUUCCUAGCACAAAAUAAGAAGUGUGUGUGUGUAGCAGUUAUUUUCAGUCAUUUUCUGCAGUCACAAGUGAAAGUAAGUUAAAUGAUGACUCAGUCAACCAGCGUUCAAAUUAACUGAAGCUACCAAAGAACACGGACCUCAGUACCAUGUUAGCUGCUUUUCAAGAGAGUCUACUCAAGUGCUUCCCUGGGCCUCAUUAUUGAACUACUACCAACAUAUUCAAAAAUAGGGAAAGGACUAGAAACCAAAUCCUUCCCAACAUUUGCAUCUCUAGAUGUAGAGCUAAGAAUUCUGAAAUAAACAAAUAGAGUGAAUUUGGAAAUGAUGCAUCAACUGCUUCCUCCUGUGACAUGAAUACUGGGAGUUAUCAAGAAUCUGCCCAUCAAAUGCUAGGGAGAUGUUUUCCUCCAAACACCAAAGAGAAGCAACAGCUCAGGAUGAUUAAACUCUGCGAUCCUGCAGAAAGUGAAUUGUCGCCAUUUCUCAUCACCUUAACUUUAGCAGUUUUACUUGCUGAAUACCUCACUGGUAUCAUUGCAAAUGGGUUCAUCACGGCUAUACAUGCAGCUGAAUGGGUUCAAAAUAAGUCAGUUUCCACAAGUGGCAGGAUCCUGGUUUUCCUGAGUGUAUCCAGAAUAGCUCUCCAGAGCCUCAUGAUGUUAGAAAUUACCAUCAGCUCAACCUCCCUAAGUUUUUAUUCUGAAGACGCUGUAUAUUAUGCAUUCAAAAUAAGUUUUAUAUUCUUAAAUUUUUGUAGCCUGUGGUUUGCUGCCUGGCUCAGUUUCUUCUACUUUGUGAAGAUUGCCAAUUUCUCCUAUCCCCUUUUCCUCAAGCUGAGGUGGAGAAUUUCUGGAUUGAUACCCUGGCUUCUAUGGCUGUCUGUGUUUAUUUCCUUCAGUCACAGCAUGUUCUGCAUCAACAUCUGCACUGGGUAUUGUGACAAUUCUUUCCCUAUCCACUCUUCCAACUCCACUGAGAAAACAUACUUCUCUGAGAUCAGUGUGGUCAGUCUGGCUUUUUUCUUUAACCUGGGGAUUGUGAUUCCUCUGAUCAUGUUCAUCCUGGCAGCCAUUCUGCUGAUCCUCUCUCUCAAGAGACACACCCUACACAUGGGAAGCAAUGCCACAGGGUCCAAGGACCCUAGCACGGAGGCUCACAUUGGGGCCAUUAAAGCUACCAGCUACUUUCUCAUUCUCUACAUUUUCAAUGCAGUUGCUCUGUUUAUCUACCUGUCCAACAUGUUUGACAUCAACAGUCUGUGGAAUACUUUGUGCCAGAUCAUCAUGGCUGCCUACCCUGCCAGCCACUCAAUUCUACUGAUUAAGGAUAACCCUGGGUUGAGAAGAGCCUGGAAGCAGCUUCAGCACCGACUUCAUCUUUACCCAAAAGAGUGGACUCUGUGACCAGCACCCAAGAAGACCACAGGACCUGACCUAACUGGCUCUGCCGUUCCCUCACCUAGACCUCUCUUUUCUCUCUUCUUUUCUUCUCCAACCCUCAUCUGACCCUUUCCCCCGAUGUGGCUUUUUAAUAUAGGAGAUUGAUCAUUUCUCUUUUGCUUCAUGGGUACAAUCUUAGUGGUGCUGUCAUAUUCUUUACCUGAGCCCUCUACCCCCCCUUGCUCUCUUUAAAGCAGUGAUUCUACGCACUGGGCUACACGUUAGAAUCUCUAGGGUUGAUUUUUGAAAAUACCAAUGUUCAAACCCAAUCUCAGAUCUAUUAAGUCAGAAUUUCUAGUGUUAGAACUUACACAAUUUUCUAAGCUCUCCAGGUGAUUCUGCUGUGUAGCAGGGUUGUAUAACCACCAAAAUAAAAGAAUGUUCUGAAACUUGAGUUCCUGAAAACUCUGUUUCUCCCUCCACAUGCCUUUUAAACACAUUUAGAUUACUUGGGAAGGUUUCUGAGCAGAAGUUUGAAAUGCAUUUUGUCUCCAUCUUUCAAAGAUAUAACCAAAAUAAUGUGGAACCAUUUAUCAAAAUUAAUAAUGCAUAAAACACCUUUCAUUCUAAAAAUUACUAAGAAUUUUUUCUAAGCAUGGUUUUGUAUAAAUAAGCAAAAAUAUGUGCAAGAGCCUCUUCACAGCUGCACUAUUCAUGAAUGAGGGGAAUUGAAUGUCUGAAAUGAAUAUUAUGUUAACCUCUUUUAAAUGAGAUAGACGCCAUGUUUCCUGAGAUGAGAAGAUUUCCAAUACAUCGUGCAAAAAGCAAGGAGAUCUUUUAUGAUUCCAUCUGUAUUUCUUUUUUUCAUAAUACUUAUAUAUUUGUAUGCAUAUAUAUGUACAUACAAAGUUUCUGGACAAAUAUACCAAAAAUAAUUCACAGAGGUCUUCUGAGUGGUGUCACUGGGUAUCUGGGAAAUAAAUGAAAUAUUUACAAUUUAUUUUAUGCCUUUAUGCAUUGUUUGAACUACUUAGAACAUGUAUUCAGUAAUUUCAAAAUUUUGAAAGAUUUAUAUUGAUUUCUAUUAGAGAAUUGCUAAGUAAAAAAGAUUUGAGAGAAAGGAUUAUGCACAUUGUUUUGUUAUUGACUCUCUCACUAUUGAUUUUUAUUAAAAAUGCAAACAAAUCACAAAUUAAGCAUUAAGCAAAUCACUCUCCUAUCACUACCUCUUAUUUUUCCAUUUUAUUUGCUCAAGGGCUGCCAUAGAAACAUCACAGGCUUUCAAUUCAUUGACACUUCUAUAUUCUCUAUCCCUCUAUCAGGCCUCUCCUCUCUUCCUUUCGUAUUCAGUUUGGAUUACUGGUCAAUCAUUAUACUCACCCUUCAAAAACAGCUUCAGUAUUCACAGAUGAAAUGAGCUGUAUCUGUGAUUUGCUUUGAAUUAAUCCAACAGAGGGCAAAGGAGUGGAGAAUGGGGUGGUUUGGGUUAUUCUUAUGCUAUGUUUUUUAAAAAACAAGGCUUCAGGCACGUGGAGUUCUUUCUACUAUUCUAUUUCAGAGUAUGUUUGAAAAUUUCCCUAAUAUAGCUUUUAUAUAAAUAAAUCAUACAAUACUCUAAUUUCCUGACCCUUCUAAAUGUGAAAUAACCCCACAUUUAAAUGACUAUUUAACAUUCUGUGUUUGCUUCUAAGCAGCUGACUGUUACUUGAGAGUAUUUCAUAACUGGAUGAGCUCAUGUUCCUACAAAUUCAUGCUCCUCAGCCUCAAAUGAGUAACUUCAUUGAGCAUUUCCAUUCCAUAUUUCCCUAGAGAAGUCAUUCAUUAAAGUCCCCACAAUGACUAUCUCACAUCUUUUCCUCAGUCUCCAAACCUUCAAUCUCUCUUCUCUCUGACCCAUUUCAGCCCUUAAAAUCUUUGACAGGCAACAUUAGGACAAUCCUCUUUUUCCCAUUAGUAAAUAUACUAAUCCACCAAUUUCUGCCUAUAUACCCAAUAUUUCAAUAGAAAAGGUUCCAGUCAAUGAAAAAAAAAUCAUUAGACAUGUUUCAACUAUGUUCUACUCCCUCUAUGUUUUUUCUUCCUCCAGGUUUCAUUUUUCUAUGUGUUUUAGUUUGUUUUCUCUCAUGAUUGAGUCUUUCCUUAAAUAUCUGAUGAUCCUUGAAUGUCAGUACUAAAAAGUCGAUUGCCAAAUUUUAAAAAUUCAUUUUUAAAUAUCUUUUAGAAUAUAAAAACUAUAUUGAAUCACCUAUGUGAGAGGUAGCUCAAAAGUAGAACAUACAAACUCAUUAAAUAGUGCCACAUUAUUUCCACUGGUGAGCCAGAAUGUUAGGAACAAUCAUGGAUGUGUCUUCUGUCUUACUCACUUCAUGUAACUCAUCAGUAAGCCCUUGUUUCUGUCCUGUGACGUGUAUAAGUAGAGGAUCAUUCAAUUAUUAGUUGAACAAGUAUUGGCUGAACACCAACUAUAUGGCAUAUUCUAUUCCAGGUGCUACGUAUACAAUGAACAGGGCUCUUGUCAUCACAGAUCUUCCACUCUAGUGGGAAAGCACAGGUAAUAAAACCUCGAAUGAAUAGCACAUCAUAGUGGUGGUGGAUCAGCCCAGUCAGGAAGGGCCCAGAUGAGUAAAUAAGAUAUAAAGAGGUAAUUGUUAAAAAUAUAAAUCUAGGCCAGGUGCCAUGGCUCACACCUGUAAUCCCAGCACUUUGG